AUGGACGGCUUGGAUCCCGAGAAGGGUGGACCCAUAGCCACCACCGGGCCCGGCUUAACGGACAAUACCGAAGGCCCCGUUGAGAGCAAGCGGGGCUUCACAAGUCAGGUCGACAAUCUCGAACGGGUCGAGGCUUCGAAAGGGUGGUUCAGCCCACUUCUCAAAUUGGUCAGCUACUUGCCCGUCGAGGAAAGAGGUAUUGAACGGGUUUUGGAAGAAGACAGGGUCAAACAAAGCAUUUGGGACGGAUAUACUGUGUGGGCUUCGGCCAAUUUCACUCCAUCGACUUUUGCGACAGGCGCAUUGGGCCCUAAUUUUGGGCUUGGUUUCUGGGACUCGUUUGCAAUCAUUGUGUUGAUCAAUUUCUUCGUCAGCUUCGUGGUCGGCCUCUUUGGCUGCUUCGGGCCCCUUACAGGACUACGUACUAUGUCUGUUGGUCGCUAUGCAUUUGGCCAGUGGGGCACCAGAGCUAUCAUUGCCCUCAGUAUUUGUGGCGCCAUCGGCUGGUCGAGCGUCAACUCAAUUGCUGGUGCACAAGUCCUCAAUGAGCUUUCCGAUGGGAACUGUCCGCUGUGGGCUGGAAAUCUGGUUAUCGGUGUCUGCACAGCCAUCAUCUCGUUCUUCGGCUACUACGCGGUCCACUACUUUGAACGAUUCUGCUGGAUCCCGCAGGUCAUCAUCUUUAUAUUCCUUAUCGGCUACGGUGCGAAGCACUUUGACGCUGGAGCCCUUCCGAUGGGCUCUGGGUCGGCGGAGGCUGCGUCGGCCAUGUCAUUCAUUGCCGUCAUCUACGGUUUCGUGGCCGGCUGGGCACAAUCUGCUGCCGACUACAACGUGCGUAUGCCUGUGAGGACCAACAAGCGAAACCUCAUUUUUUCCAUUUGGGCCGGGAACUUUUUUGGCUGUUCCAUUCCUGAAGUCUUGGGUGCCGCCUAUAUGACAGCUGUGGCCGCUGACCCAAAAUUUGCCGCCGCUUACGAAUCUCGUGGUGUCGGCGGCCUCAUGGGUCAGGCACUGAAGCCAUUGGGCGGCUUCGGCAAAUUUUUGCUUGUCCUCGCGGCUCUGAGCAUCAUCGGCUGCAACUUGGUCAACAAUUAUUCACUUGCCUUUUCGUGUCAAAAUUUUCAUCCUAUCAUGCUUAAGGUCCCACGGUUCGUAUGGACGGUUACUGGCUCGGCCAUCUUCAUAGCGAUUGCUAUUGCUGCCGAGAAUUCAUUUGCCGAAGUACUGGAGUCGUUCUUGUCGGUCAUCGGGUACACGGGGACGCCUUUCCUAUGCAUCGUACCCAUCGAAUACUUCUACUUCCGUAAGAAGCAACUACCAUUGGACGAUUGGAAUAACAUGAAAGUCAUACCUCACGGCAUUGCUGGGUUUUUCGCCAUCGCCAUGGGCUUCGUGGGCGCGGUGCUCUCUAUGGACCAGACGUGGUAUGUCGGUGUGGUGGCCAAAGCUAUCAAGCCUGAUGGCGCUGAACUUGGUUGGAUCUUUAGCGGCGCCUUCUCCGUGUUAGCUUUCGUCCCACUGCGAUUUUUGGAGCUGAAGUACACUGGUAGGUAG